ACCACAUGCAAAGGUCAACGCCAUGACAGGUACCAAACGCCCCCACGAAGAUGACGAAGAAGGCGGGCAGAAUGUUCAUCCCACACGCAAGCAGCGCAUGGGCAUCAAGGAGCAGAGCUCAGAUCAGAAGGAACUGAACAGGAUCCUGCGCAAGCUUGGCGAAGAACUUCCCGAAGCGCGCAUCGAAGCCACGAAAGAGCUCCUCCAACAUCUUGCGGACGACGAGAGUGAGUUCAAGAGUCGCGUCGACAGAGCGGUAACGCGCCUUGUCAUUGGCGUUUGCAGCGGUGCUCGAGCGUCUCGACUCGGCUUCUCCAUUGCGCUCGCUGAAGUGCUCAGAUUUGCGCGUGGCGGCAAGCGCAGCCUCUUGUCAUUCGAGGAGAUCCUCAGCAAAAUUUCAGCUUUGACACCUGCGAACGACCGUGGAGGCGAGGAGAGGAACUACCUGCUCGGUCGCAUGUACGCACUUCAUGCAAUCUUGCUCAGCGACAUUCUGCGCAGUGCUUCAGGGGCCGAAGUCAGCUCUGUGUUUGAUGCUGUGUCCGACCUGGCGCUUCAGAAGGAGUGGAUCCGGAGCGAAUGUGGCUUGAUCCUGGUGGAGUUUUUGAGAACACCUGCUAACGAGGAUUUGGCCCUGCCUUUGAUCACCGCCUUGGACUCGAAGGGCCUGUUGAAGUCGCCCGAAGGCGUGGCUAUCUGGUUAACAGCGAAGGACAAUUUUGAAAACGUCAAGCUCCCAAAGAAAGUCUGGCAUCACAGGAACCCGCUCUCAUCACAAGAUCGGGGGGAGCUCACGCGCAUACUACUCAAAAACGCAGUGGAAGUGAAGGAUAAUGAGCCGGCGCAGCAGAACGGUGAAGGCAAGAAGAAGAACAAGGCGUCUGGAGCCCGACAAUCUAUGCCGAAUCUCGCAUGGAGCGUCAUUCUACAGCACCUCUACCAGAACGAUGAUGGCAAAGACCUGUCCCAAUUCUGGGAAGAUUGUGUGGCAAAGCCUAUGUUUUCUCCCAAUUCUUCCGCCGAAAGGAAGUCUCUCGGGCUUCAGAUCUUCAGUCAAGCCAUCAAAGCUGCCCCUGCGGAACUUUUGGGAGACGUCGUGCACCAGAGUAUAAUCCGGUGUGUAGUUGAUCAACGCUCGAAGUCGGAUCGCACUUUGUUCGCUGCCUCUGCCGUGCCACUCAGGACCAUGGAAGCACGUGGGAAGACGGAUCCAGCGGCCGCUGCAGAAAUGGUCUCGAAGCUGCUUGAGGUUAUGCCGCCCAACCUGGAUAAGCUGUCUCGCCAGACUGUCGACAGUCUCCUCGCGGCCGCGGAUCCGGAGAGCUUGGUUCACGUGGUGAAAGUCAUCAACGACAUUUGCCGUGCUUCCGCUGAACAGACUGAUGUGGAAAAGAAGCGCCGUCUACUCGCAGAUGCACAGCUGUCGAUCAUUCGAUCGAGAAGGAGCCAACCCGAGCAAUUUUUCAAAAAAGGUGAUAAGCCAGCACAGUGGCUGAAGAUGGCACUCCGCAACAUGACCGACCUGAGCUUCCUGGCGGAACAACUCUCUACGCCACUCAGCAGUGCCACCCGUAUUGUGUUCCAAGAUCGCCUCAUCUCGGCACUCGGCCAUAUGGUGAAUCUCCCUCUCGACCAGGCCGUGGUCGCACCUCUUGUAGUAGUGGACAGACUGGAGGCCAUUGGCACCUCGCUGGGGGUGGAGUUAGAGAGCGACGCAUUGACAGCUGUCCGAGAAGCUCAGAAGGCGCUAGCGAAAGCAGCAACGAAAGCCGAGAGCAAAAAGGGUAGCAAAGCAGUUGUCGCGAAAGCUUCGCAAUUGCUCUUAUCACUUGGAAUUCUUCAGGUCUACAAACAGGAACCAGAUGGUGCAGAAGUGCUCAAGGACAUUACCAGCCACUUCACCAGCGCGAAGAGCGAAGACUCCUCGUUACUGCUCAUUGAGUUGCUGCUCAGCUUUGUGGCCAAGCCGUCAGCCCUCUUCCGCAAGCUAGCCGAACAGGUCUUCGCUGCUUUUGCCUCCGAGGUCACUGCGGAUGGUCUGCAGUCCAUGAUCAGCGUGCUGGAACCGAAGGAGACUCUGGCCGGCAAGCGUGAGCUCUUCAAAGAGGGAGAGGAGGAUGAGGAAGAAGAGGACGACGAGGAGGCCGACGAGGACAUAGACAUGGAAGACGUCGAGGAUGCAUCAGAUGUGGAGAUCGUGGGUGGAGAAGUCUCUGGAGCCGCGGACGAAAAUGAUGAGACAUCGGAUUCGGAAUCCAGUAGCUCGGAGAGUGAUGCUGAAGGUGGCGCAGGAGAAGAUGAAGAAGCAGAAUUCGAUCGCAAGCUGGCCGAUGCGCUUGGCACAGCUGGCAUGGAAGACGAAUCGGACGAUGAUGGCUCUGACAUGGACGAUGACGAAAUGAUGGCGAUAACACCACAUCUGGAGACCAUCUUCAAGGAGCGCAGCAAACGCACGAACAACAAGCAAGAGAACAAGGAUGCCAAGGAAGAUGUUGUCAACUUGAAGAACCGUGUUCUGGACCUGCUUGCGAUCUAUGUCAAGUCACAGUACGCGAACCCUCUUGCUGUGGAUUUGAUACUGCCUCUGAUCACUCUGGCUCGCACUACCACAAGCCAGCCGACAGCGCAGAAGGCACUAGAUGUUCUGGAGACAUAUUUCGACAGAAGCAAGAAGCAGAAGGUACUGCCGGAAAUCGACGAUACUGAGGAACUUUUCAAGAUCCUCAGCAACGUACACGAUGAAAUGCGUUUAGGUGGCAGCAAGAUCCACGCCUCUGCGUGCAGCCGUGGCAGUCAAUUCCUGGCGAAAGUGCUCGUGGGGCUGGAUCCGGAUCACGCAUUCAAGAAGAUCGGGUCAAUGUAUCUCGACUUGCUAGACGAAUGGCGCAAGGACGCGAAGUCGAAGAUCCAUGGGAAUGUCUUCAAUGACUGGCACAGCUGGACAAAGCAGCGAUGAAUAGGUUCUAACUUUCUCCGAAGGAACGGAAACUGCACAGCUCGCAAGGUUGGCAACGGGUCUGCCUGCGGUAAAGAAUAACCGCGAGAAAGCGUCAUGUUCAGCAAGAAAAAUUGGCUGCCGCACGCUGCUGACAGACGGCUUUUGGAGUCCUCCUGCAAACGCCGAGGGCUCCACUACGGAGCUUGGUGAGGCUUAUUCAUGGCUAAGCAUCUUCAUAUCCAUGCCACUUUUCAUGCGAUUCCGUGCCGUUACAUCCGCCCCAACGUACCUCCACGAGCUUUUGGCCGUAAAGCAUUACUGAUGUCUCUACCGAUAGCUACUAGUGUCCGAAUGACCCUGUACCAAAGCACCCCGUGGCACCAACAACUCAUUCAUACGAUGGCUGAGCGAUUAUUCGAAGAUUCUGCCCGAAGUCACCACUUCACCGGCGUUCGUCAUCAGCCAGAUGCCGUUGACACGCGGCAUACCACUUCUGCAACGAUCUAAGAUAGCGCAUCAACACUCAAAAGGCCAAUGACGACUUGCGGAGACCUUGGUGCCGAUAUCCAUCCCCACGACAAAGU